GCACUGCACCAAAAGUUUCCCAGUAUACUGAAAUCUGAUUUUCGUUAUAGAUCGACGACAAAGCGAACAGCCCCCCACCACCGUACCAGGCUGUCAGCGACUCAUCACACCCCCCGAGCAAAAUGGAGAAGAAAAGCUUAUCAUCCACGAGCGGGGAUAAAAUCGCAUUAAAGGAUGUGACAGUGGAAACGCCCACUGGUGACUCAUCAAUUUCCUCCAAAAGUAAAAAAUGUUGUCGGGCACAAGUCUACUACAUCAGCAUAUGUGUGGUGCUCGGGGCAGGACUCAUCAGCGCUCUCAUAUACUUCAUACUUCUGCAUGUCAAUGCUGGUGAUCCGGACUCGUCCAAAUCAAUGGCCCUGGGUACUACUGACGCCAUGAGUGCAGGAGACCCAGAAGUUUGCUGCUUCAAUCCCUGUAUGAAUUCCGGAGGAUGUAGAGAGGCUAACGACACAAAUCCUGCUCCAUUUACCUGCCAAUGUACCGAGCUCUAUGAAGGGGUUAUCUGCGAAAAUCGGAUAUUCGUUGACAAGUGUGUUGACAACCCUUGUCAAAAUGGUGGUACCUGUAGUAAUAUAAACACGGAUCCGUUUUUCUCCUGUACCUGUACUAUGAGCCACACCGGCAAGAGUUGCGACCAGGAAAAGUCAUUUAACCAGGCAGUUCAUACAUCGGCAAAGUUGCCUUCCUGUACUUCUUCAUAUUGCAAAAAUGGCGGAACCUGUUCGUUGAGUCGGGGAAACCUCUACUGCGCUUGCGCAGACGGAUACACGGGGGACAGGUGUGAGGAAAUAGAAACUACGACAGCACCAACAACAACAACAGCCAGCGGAUCUUAAACUACUCUGACUUUGACAAAAGAUCGUUGAAGGCCCGGAUUCAACGGCGUUAGGUGUUCAUCGCCAUGACCACCCCCAGUUUCUGACAAAGCAGUUUCGACACUGAAGAAAUAGGAAACGUACCAUACUUACACGCGAUUUGAAGCAAAAUGACGA